ACUCUCUUACUAUCGACAUUAUUAACUCGAAUCGAGGUAGAUGAUGCGUAACAAAGCAUACCGAAAAGACAUUUAUUCAGCUGUUGUGUGCGAGACCUGGAAGUGGAAACUAACAAAGAAAUGACAGACGGUCACGUUUCAGUAUGCUAAUAUAUUACAUCUAUACCCGUUAAAGUCGUAGGUACAUGUAUACAGACCAGUUGACAAAAACAAACAUGGCUGCCACCUGGACGGAUGUGUGUUGUGUACUACUUGUCGCAGUUGUUGCGGUUGUUGUUCUAGCUGUGUUUGUGAUACAGAUAAUAUUUAUGAUUUUAGCAUUACUGGCCAGGUGUAAGAAUUUACGUACAAUUAUUACGAUAUCAGCAGUGGGACUGUUUAUUCAAAGCCUAUUGGUUAUUGCUCUAUAUAAGGGUAUUACCGGGUGCAGAUAUCGUGUGGAUGAACGUUACGUCAACAAUACCUUCCUUUUUAAUUAUAUAUACCAACACGGUCUGGAGAAAAAUUCAGAAUAUAUGAAGUGUUGUGGAGACUUUCGGUUAUCAUCAGUUGUCUUAUCAGUGAUAAUUUUUAUCGCUUUACUUCAUCAGAAAUCAGUGAACAGCCUUCCCAAUAAUAAACAAAGAAGGGUGCUUUUCAGUGCUAUUUUAUACUUUUCUGUCAUUACCUGUGUUAUGGGAUGGAUUUAUUGGACCCCCGGCCGUGAUGUAACACUCUCCACUUUCGUGAGAUCCCUCAGCACCGUUUCACUACCGACCUGUCCGCAUGCUGCCCGUGUUCAUGUCCUUCCGGUUCUAGUGGAGACCUUGUUCAUCUACGGACCUGCGUUAUAUAUGUUAUUGAUACCAAGAAACCAGCCAAACGGACAGCCGGAAUCUCAAUUGGAAUGUACGAUAUUCAAGCAUUGUUUGACAAAUGACGGCUCUCAUUGUGCUGUUUGUUGUGGCGCCAAUGGACUACUGAGGGAUUCCUUCUUGUUUUACACCCUAAUAAUGUUAGUUUUCAGACCUUUUAUAUACAUCUAUUAUUCAGUUUACAAUGAUGAGGUAGCUGAGAUUUUCGUAUUUGGUUGCAAUUUGCUUAUCCCUAUAGUUCUUGCUGUAAACGCAACGCCAUAUAUCGGCAGAGUAUUCCAAAAACCAACGCAUGUUGAUUAUGAUGAUGCCUUAACAACGCUAAAUGUAAUCAAGAUGUAAUAUUUCACGUAAAAUCAAAACAACUGUUAUGUACAUAAAAUUUAUGUCUUUUUUGACUAUAAAAAACAUUCUUAAAUCAA